AUGAGCAGCCACGUAACGUCUGGCUGUGCAGAAGGCAGUCAGGUCGUCCUCGAACGCCUCCAGGCUACUGUGAUGGCCGGCUCCGCCAAAUCGGUUGGGUCAUCCUUGCCCCCCUCUGUCGCCGAAAAGCUGACUGAAACGAAACCUACGACACAACUCCUUGCCGAGGAGCAGCAGAUUUCAAACACCCAGAGGGUCUCGACAAGUUUAGUUUCCGGUGCCAUAGCAGGAGCGUUAGCUAAAACAACAAUAGCUCCCUUGGAUCGAACCAAAAUUAAUUUUCAAAUAUCACAGCAGCCUUAUUCAGCCAAAGCAGCUGUCAAAUUUCUUAAUAAUUCAUACAAAAAUGAUGGCCUACUGAGUCUUUGGCGAGGGAACAGCGCUACUAUGGCAAGGAUCGUACCCUAUGCAGCUAUCCAAUUUACAGCCCACGAACAAUGGAAGAGGAUACUGGGCAUUGAUAGGCCAGAAAAGAACAAAACCCUGAGCUUUCUUGCGGGUUCCUUGGCCGGAGUUACGUCGCAGGGCUUAACUUAUCCUUUGGAUCUUGCACGAGCCAGAAUGGCUGUCACGCAGAAGACUGAGUACAGAACACUCAGGCAAAUUUUUUCACGUCUUUACAGGCGAGAAGGGGUGACUGCUUUUUACCGUGGUUUUACCCCUACAAUGUUAGGCGUCAUUCCGUAUGCUGGAUUCAGUUUCUUUACGUAUGAAACUCUGAAGCAAUUAUUAGCUGUUUAUAUAGUUGAGAGUCCUGGCUUAUCAACUAUGUCAGCACUGAUAUGCGGAGCUGUAGCUGGAAUGGUUGGCCAAACAAGUAGCUAUCCUCUUGAUAUUGUUCGUAGAAGAAUGCAAACAUCAGCUAUAAAAGGCGGAGCUUAUCAAUCAAUAACCACAACCAUAGUAAAAAUAUACACAGAAGAGGGAGCGUUUGCCUUUUUCAAAGGUCUUAGCAUGAAUUGGGUCAAGGGUCCUGUAGCUGUUGGAAUAAGUUUUGCAACUUACGACGUGAUUCGAGAUGGGCUGAGAAAUGUUUUAUCAUAAAACGAUAGUAAAAUCGUUUUAUCUGCCCUGUAAUAGCUUGCGUACAUACGUUACAUUUUAUUACAUAAGAAUUAAAAAAAAAAAGCUAAAACAUUAAUUUGUUAUGAAAAUUUAAAUAUUGAGGACAUGUGUUUAAAAAAAAAUCGUCCUUAUAAAAUCCUAAUCUCUUAUCUUAAUCAAAUUUUGUACAUAUAUAUAUUGUACAGAUAUAUGUAUAUAUAUCUGUUAGUCUUGCUACAAGUCGUUGUUAAAAGUUGUGUACAUAGUAUCCUGUAAGUGUUGAAAAAAGUAACGUUUUUUAAAAGUAUUUAUGUAUCAAAAAACGUGAUGACAGCAAUGGAACAUUUUUAUCAGUUCCUAUCGUUAUUAGCGGGUGUGAUUGUUACUCAUCUAUGUUGAUGAAGCUGUGAACUCAUGCGUCAAGACAAUAUAUCCACAGCUUCAUAGAAAUAGAGGGAGACCUUGCUGUUUAAUUUCAAAAAACGAAUGGUUGCUAGUGAAAUAUGUUUAUCAAGUGCAGAAUUGAAAAUAUAUAUAUAUAUAUAUUUAAAGUUGUUGUGUAUUGAAUUUGUCCGUCUCUUGACGAUGUGGAUUUUCGUAUACUAUUAUUGUACAAACUACAAUUUUUUUACAUUCUAAUAUUUAGUAUAAAAUAUUAUGCAUUAUCACAUCAAACUUUGAGUCUCAUUCGCAAGUAUUGUGAUUACGGAAGGGUGCAAUGGUAUUUUUGUGAUCGCGAUUGUUGCCUGAUAAUCUAUAUCAUUUUUAAUGCAAUAAAUGAUCAGGCGAUGUAGUAAAUUUGCGUAAAAUAGUAAUAUGACAACCUAAACCUAUAAUUAUUGUAAUUUAUAAUUCUGACAAUAAUGUACUUAGUUAUGAAGUCAAUAUUAUAUAUAAUGUAAUGUAUUGAUCUGUAGGCCUGCACAAUCAUUACAUAUUUUAUUAUUCUUUUA